CGGACUUCAAAUAUCCUUCUUCAAAGAUCACCAUGCCCAAGUCAAAACGUGCCCAACUCGUAUCGCUCACUCAGGUCUCCAAAAAGACCAGAGAACACAAAAAUGCGCUCUUGGAAGAGGUCCAAAAAAAUGCAGAGAAGUGGAAGUACUGCUGGUUAUUUGAAGUAGGAGCUAUGCGUAACGCGCAUCUAAAAAUUGUCCGGAAACUCUGGAAAGACACUGCUCGGAUAUUCUUUGGGCGAGGGGCUGUCAUGGCUAAAGCAUUGGGUACGACACUAGAGGAGGAGCAUCGUGAAGGACUGCAUAAGCUAGCUAAGCAAAUAAAAGGUCAAGUUGGUCUGUUUUUCACAGACUCAGAACCACAGGAGGUGAUCGAAUGGUUCGAUGAUUUCCGACAACCUGAUUUUGCACGGUCAGGGAAUAUCGCCACUCGGACUGUUAUACUCCCUGCUGGACCUGUAAUGCGCGUACACUCGGAUCCUCCAGAGCCAUUCCCUCACAAUGAAGAACCCCAAUUACGAAAACUUGGCUUGACAACCUCAAUGAAAAGAGGUGUGCCUACAUUAGAAGCGCCUCACAAACUAUGCGAAAAGGGGAAAGUUCUCAGCCCCGAACAGACCCAGCUUCUUAAGCUUGUUGGGGAGAAAAUGGUUGUAUUCCGGGUAGCGUUGUUGGCCCGGUGGGACUCUGAGAAUGGUGAAGUUACCCAGAUCGAGAAUAGUGGGUUGGGUGAGGAGAAGGGUAAUGAUGAAGAGGAUGAGGAUGUGAUGAGACUCAACGAGCAUCUACAUAUCAUCUCGAGCUGCACACGAUCUGUCAUCAACGUGUGGGUGCAGAGUUCUUAGUAUAUCAAAAGUAUAAAAAGCACUCUGGAUAGUA